AUGCCAAGUAGGGAUGAAGCCAGCAUCACUAGACUUAUUAAGGUUUUGAAAUCAUUCGGUUUGCGAGAAAGCGAUCCACGUCUGCGACAGAUGAUGGAAAAGAUGAAAAGUUUUGAGGACGAGGAUGAUGACGCACGAAAUUUUCUUCUUCCUCGCGAUAAAUUUAAAGAAUGCGUUCACCCAUCAAUGCACUUGAUCUCACAAGCGCUUCGGAAUCAUCUCAUUAUUCCCAGUUGGGGAGAGUUUUGCGGUCAAAUUAAGACCAUAUUUGAGGAGUGCGCUCAUGUGAAGGACGGCUACGUAGCAACCUACAUUCCACAGCUUGCCAGACAGGACCCGGAUAUUUGGGGAUUGUCAAUUUGUACCAUUGAUGGUCAACGGGUGUCUUUUGGAGACUCGAAACUACCAUUUUGUGUGCAGAGUGUGUCGAAGGCGUUCAACUACGCCAUAGUAUCGUCGGACCUGGGCGCUGACUUUGUUCAUUCCUACGUUGGCCACGAGCCAAGUGGUCGCCUUUUUAAUGAGAUCUGUUUGGACUCUAACGGCAAACCGCACAAUCCACUCAUCAACGCAGGCGCGAUCAUUGUGACGUCGUUGAUUCGAAAUCAUCUCACGAUGGCCGAUCGCUUCGAUUUUGUGCUGAAUGAGUACAAAAAACUUGCUGGCGGAGAACAUGUUGGGUUCAACAAUGCUACCUUCCUUUCUGAAAGGGACACCGCUGACCGGAAUUAUGCUCUCUCGUAUUACAUGAAGGAGAACAAGUGCUUUCCACCUGGCACACAAGGUCUGCGUGAAGAGCUAGAUCUUUACUUCCAACUCUGUUCGCUGGAAACAACCUGUGAAACGGCUGCAGUCAUGGCAGCUACGCUUGCAAACGGAGGCAAUUCCUUGUUUCUCUGCGUCUGUCCGCUUACCGACGAACUGUGCAUUCAUCCUCGCUCGUGCAGAGAUGUACUGUCAUUGAUGUACUCAUGCGGAAUGUACGAUUUUUCCGGGAAGUUUGCAUUUCAGGUAUGCCAGUAG